CCCCCGGAGCCCACAGCGCCCGCCCGCUCGCGGCCGCCCGGGAGCUCUUCCAGCCCCGCGCUCCCCUCACCCGCCUGCCGCCCGCGCUCUCCCGCCGGCCGCCCGCGCUCGUCCCGCCGCCGCCUGCGCCCGCGCCAGCCCCCGCGGCUCCACUGACCGGUCAUAGAUGGGAACAGAAAGUUCUUCUACGAUGUCGUACAGACGAGAACUAGAGAAAUACCGUGACCUGGAUGAAGAUGAAAUCCUUGGAGCCCUUACAGAAGAAGAGCUGAGGACCCUGGAAAAUGAGCUGGAUGAGCUGGACCCUGAUAAUGCACUGCUGCCUGCGGGCCUGAGGCAGAAGGAUCAGACCACCAAGGCGCCCACGGGCCCCUUUAAAAGGGAGGAGCUCUUGGAUCACUUGGAAAAGCAAGCAAAGGAGUUUAAGGACCGAGAAGAUCUGGUCCCCUACACAGGGGAGAAGCGAGGAAAAGUCUGGGUCCCCAAGCAGAAGCCGAUGGACCCCGUGCUGGAAAGUGUGACACUGGAGCCAGAGCUGGAGGAGGCCCUGGCAAAUGCCUCGGAUGCGGAACUCUGUGACAUCGCAGCUAUCCUGGGCAUGCACACGCUCAUGAGCAACCAGCAGUACUACCAGGCCUUGGGCAGCAGCUCCAUCGUGAACAAGGAGGGACUCAACAGUGUGAUCAAACCUACACAAUACAAGCCUGUGCCUGAUGAAGAACCAAAUGCAACAGACUUGGAUGAAACGCUGGAGCGGAUAAAGAGCAACGACCCCAAACUUGAAGAGGUCAACCUCAACAACAUCCGGAACAUCCCCAUACCCACUCUCAAGGCGUAUGCAGAAGCCCUGAAAGAGAACUCGUAUGUGAAGAAGUUCAGCAUCGUGGGGACACGGAGCAAUGACCCCGUGGCAUUUGCCCUUGCUGAGAUGCUCAAGGUGAACAAGGUGUUGAAGACACUGAACGUGGAGUCCAACUUCAUUUCCGGAGCUGGGAUCCUGCGCCUGGUGGAAGCUCUUCCAUACAACACUUCUCUGGUGGAACUGAAGAUCGAUAACCAGAGCCAGCCCCUGGGCAACAAAGUGGAAAUGGAGAUUGUGAGCAUGUUGGAAAAAAAUGCAACACUUCUCAAAUUCGGCUACCACUUCACUCAGCAGGGGCCCCGGCUGCGGGCGUCCAACGCGAUGAUGAACAACAACGACCUUGUGAGGAAGAGGAGGCUGGCAGACUUGACCGGGCCCAUCAUUCCCAAGUGCCGGAGUGGCGUCUAGUGUGUGCGGGUGCCGACCACGCCUUUGAACUGGACGUGUUCUACUGAUAGGCUGUGCUCUGCAGUGGAAACCGGAAGGCAAAUGCCAGCACAAACCCUGUUGUGGUUCAGUUCUUUACGCACUAAGGUGUUAGGUUCGCUAGUGGUUGUAGUUGAAAAUUUUAUAAACUAUGGUGAAUGUGAAGUUUUUCUUUAGUCACAGAAGUUCAGUCCGGUUAUUAUUUAAAAACUAAAAAGCCCCCGAACUGGCAGACCUUACUGAAGACAAUGUUAGAGCAGCAGUGACUUAACCGCAGGAGCCCAGUUUCGGUGACCUUGCUGUGUGGUGUUUCAGGUAUAUUUAAAAUAUGUAACAUGAACAAACAGCACCCUCUUCCAUGUGGUUUAAAAGCAUUAUAAAAUAUUUUAUUACAAACUUGAUCUUAGCUCUUUAGCAAACAGAACAUAUCAUCAUUCUUUAUUAAUUCUCCUUUAAAUUUUAAGAACCUCAAGAUUAAAGUUGCUAAAUUGAUUUCUGGAUCAAGAACACAAUUUUUUUCCCCUCAAGAAAGACAGAAAGACUGAAGCCACAGAGCUCUGCCAGGAAUCAAAGAACAUGAGAUUCCUUAAGCUGGUUAUGAGGAAAUGAUAGAAAAAGCUAAUGGUGAAGUCUCAAAUUUUAAAAACCAUCUUUUUUUUUUUAAAACCAAUUCCAGGCGACAAACAUUUCCCUGGGUGUUCUUUAUGAACAUCUGGGAUUUAUUUACAAUUUAAUACUGGAGUCAGAAAGAAAUUUUUCCUUAUCGAAUGCCAACCUUACGAUGGAUGUGAAAACCUAUGGCCAAAUACUUGAAAACACCUUUCUCUGUUGCACAGUGGGCCAAUGCCUUAUGUGAGGCACAUCACUAGAGAGACAAAUUUCUAGUCCAUCAUGGCUUAUGCUUACAGACUUCAACUACCUAUCGCAUCACUUCUUAGACAAGUCACCGAUGAUCUCAUGCCUGUAAAUUAAGCCUCCAAAGGUCAGUGGUGAAGAAAAUCUAGAUAUUUAAGAACUAGGAAACCUGGCCAAACCACCCAAGAUGAUUAUUCUGAAAAUGUAAUUUUGGCAUUUCUGCUGGAUCCCUUAACAUCACGUGCAUCUCUUAGGAUCCAGCAAAAAUGUUAAGCCACACUGCCCUUGUGCCUUUUAAUAUACCACGGUGCCAGUUAAACUAGUAUUUCUGUUGCUUGGGGAGUUAUUUUCGUGAGUGAUUCAGCAAAUCUUAUGAUAAAGGACAAGCCAAAGAGCUGAAGAGCACAGACUAAGCUGCAGAGCACUGAGCAGAGAGGCUUUUGGCGAAAAAGGAAAAGUCUUGCACACGGAACUGUAAUGAUGGGACAGUACAGGGUAACCAGAGGUGGAGUCAGGGCCUCACCACUAUGGAGGAGUGUCUACCGAGGCUGCAGAUGGACCCAGGAGUGGCUCCGUGCUGCAGGAACGGCCAGCCCCACUCGGCUUCUCCUUGAAACACAAUUGCAGCUGUAUUCUGCAUCAAUGGAAACUGCAAUAUAAUAUUAAAUCUGUUGGUCUAAGAAUGGC